UUGCUGCAUCCACUUGUUUCCCGUUCCUCCCUCCCCUCCCCACACUUGCCUCUUCCUUGCUCCCAUCAUUCGUUUUACCCACCCAUUCCUCCAUUUUUUUUGUCAUAAUGUCAUCUGCAGUCCACCGCCGGAUGCUUAAAGAAUACCUCGCCAUCCAGAAGAACUCUGCGACACGACCACAUCUCGAGCUACUGGAACCACUUCAAGAGGACAACCUGCUCCAUUGGCAAGCCAUUCUUUUGGGAACAACUGAUUCCGCCUAUGAAGGAGGUCGGUUCAAACUCGACAUCGUCAUCCCUACGAGCUACCCGAUCCAACCACCGACGAUACGUUUUCUAACGAGGAUUUGCCAUCCGAAUGUACACUUUAAGACUGGCGAAAUUUGUCUGGAUAUCCUCAAGUCAGAAUGGACGCCAUCAUGGACACUCGAAUCCAUCUGUGUCGCCAUCAGCUCGCUCCUCACAAACCCAGAACCAAGUAGUCCUCUCAACUGCGAUGCAGCAAAUUUGUUGCGAUGCGGUGAUAUGGCUGGAUAUAACUCACUUGUUAGAAUGUACACAGAACUCUAUGCCAUGGACGAGGAAGAACAGUAGCAGUGGAAGAGACAAUCCCAGGCGGGCAAGACUGACUGACAUGCCGGGCAAGCAAGAGAGGCAUUCAUGGUUCUUGAAAAUACGCCGCAGGAACAGGCGCGAUCAAACCAGAACUCUGACAAGGAGAGAGGCGCUUUGAAUCAUCAAACACCGUGGAAUACUUCACCUCGGUCUUUUAAGCCCACUGUUGUUUGCCAUCGCAGAAACAAAAAAGGACGAGAUCUUGCAGUAAGGGCAUCAUAUCACUCAACCAAAACCAUCACACACUUGUAUACUAUCUGUCGACGGCUCUUUUUCCAAAGCGCAGACUUCAACCAUUCCACAUAGAAUCAAUGCUAUCUUCGCGUUCAAUAAUAAUAAUCAUCUCGUAUUCCUCG